AUAUUUAUAGCUCUGGACUGUGUUAGUGUUUGCGCUGUUCUGGUUGGACUGGUUGCGAAAGGUUAAUGAUUCCUGUGAACCUUAAAGGACUGACUGUGCUCCUCUGAAGACAGGGACCGGACAGCUGUGUUUGCUGGGAUAUUUUUAAGUACAUUAAUGUAGGCUCCGAUCACUCGGCCCUGCGUGACCUAUUUUUGGCUCGGGCUGGCCAUUGUUCUAUUUCUGGACCCUGUAGGCCACGCUGUUGUUGAUUCACAUGCAAAUGAGUUAUCACCAGCUUUAGCCAACUUUACUGUAGAGACAGGCGGAGAGACAGAAAGCGAGACAGAGGGUGAGGGAGAGGAAGCGCAGGCAAGGGGAGGAAAAGGCACAGAUACAGGACAGGGUUCACACUUCCUUAGGGUGCCGCCGGCCGUGUCAUUCUUCCUCGCUCAGUACAGCGGACAUAUUCCUCCUUCCUCAGCUUUCUUUUCACGCUUUUCAUCCUCGCAUUUCAUGCUGCCUUUCGUUACCGAGACAGAGAGAAGCCUGGGGCUCCAGCCUCCUGUUGCACCUGCUCUCAGGACAGGCAGCGGCUGUCAUACUAGGGAUCUACUUGGCUCUGACAGCUCCUCACAGAAAACCGCAGCAGCAACAACAUCAUCAUCAUCACCGCCAUCGCUAUCACCAUCCAGAAGGGUAGAUAGCCCAGAAAAUAUGUGUAUAAAAAUGGAAUAAUUGUCAAAGUGUAUGAGUGCCUCCCCCUCUUCCCCCCCCACCCACCCUGGUGGAGGAGUUAACAGUGCUGAGGGGUCGCUUCCAUGCAGAAGAGUGAUGAAGCUUUCAUGUGUCUGAACUACACACAGUGACUGGAAUAUGCUGCAGACCAUUUAUGAGAGUGAAUCAUGUUUUUCCUCAGAUGGGGUAUCUGGUCGUGACAAGCUCCUGGCACAGCACAGAAUGCAUAGUAUGAUCAGCCCAGAUAUCAAGUCCGAGGUUCCUACAGGUUUGGACCCCGUCACACCACUGGACCUAAGGACAGAUCUAAGGACAGUGAUGCCAAUUUUAGAUCCUGUGUUGCGAGAAAAGCAGCUGCAGCAGGAGCUCCUAUUAAUCCAGCAGCAACAGCAGAUUCAGAAGCAGCUGCUUAUUGCUGAGUUUCAGAAACAGCAUGAAAACCUCACAAGACAACACCAAGCCCAACUCCAGGAACACCUCAAGUUGCAGCAGGAAUUACUAGCAAUGAAACAACAACAGGAGAUCUUAGAGAGAGAGAAGGAACAUAAACUGGAGCAACAGAGACAGGAACAGGAAGCGGAGAGGCAUCGGCGGGAACAGCAGCUUAUGCACCCACGGAACAAGGAGCGAGGCAAAGAAAGAGCUGUGGCCAGCACCGAAGUAAAGCUGAAACUCCAGGAAUUCCUCCUGAGUAAAUCUGCAACAAAAGAUACUUUCACAAACGGAACCAAUCAUUCCAUGGGCCGCCACCCUAAGCUUUGGUACACGGCAGCACAUCAUACUUCAUUGGAUCAAAGCUCUCCUCCAUUAAGUGGGACCUCUCCAUCAUACAAGUAUCCUUUACCAGGGGCUCAAGAUAGUAAGGACGAUUUUCCUUUAAGAAAAACCGCUUCAGAACCCAACCUGAAGGUUCGGUCUCGAUUAAAACAAAAAGUAGCAGAGAGAAGAAGUAGCCCCUUAUUGAGAAGAAAAGAUGGCAAUGUCACAGGUUCCUAUAAGAAGAGAAUAUUUGAAGUGGCAGAGUCUUCAGUCAGUAGCAGUUCCCCAGUAUCAGGACCCAGUUCUCCGAAUAAUGGUCCAGUUAACAUGGGUGUGGAAAACGAAAGCUCUGUCUUGCCAACUAACUCUCAUCCUGAGCAUUUGAGCUCACACCAACUUCUUCUACAUCAUGAAAAGUCAAUGAAUCUGCUUAGCUUAUACACAUCUCCUUCAUUACCUAACAUCACCUUGGGACUUCCUCCUGCUGCUCCUCAACUCAAUGCCUCAUCUUCAUUAAAGGAAAAACAAAGGAACGAGCCUCAGGUGCCCAGACAGGGGGUAUCGCUCCCUGGACCGUACACGGGAGCCCUGCCUGUAUCUUCAACUCACGCAUCCCUGGAGGGAAAGACCAACAGCAGCCACCAGGCCUUACUGCAGCACCUACUGCUCAAAGAACAAAUGCGGCAACAGAAACUUUUAGCCACAGGUGGAGCUCAGAUUCUUCAGGCCCCUCUAGCAUCAAAGGAUAGAGUCUCACCGGCCGGGAGGGUUCACAAACUUCCUCGUCACAGACCCCUGCACAGGACACAGUCUGCUCCCCUUCCUCAGAAUACCCUGGCACAGCUUGUCAUUCAGCAGCAGCAUCAGCAAUUCCUGGAGAAGCAAAAGAAAUAUCAGCAGCAAAUUCAGAUGAACAAAAUGCUUUCCAAAUCUAUCGAACAACUACGCCAACCCGGAAGCCAGCUGGAGGAAUCUGAAGAAGAACAUCACAGCGAUUAUACAAUGCAAGAAGAAAGGCUUUCCUCCACUGGAAACAUAAGAAGUCACAGCAGUACUGAUCUUAGAACUGACCACCUAACGCCCGUGAAGGUGAAAGAGGAACCGCUGGACAGUGACGACGACAUUCAAACACACCCAGAAUCUAAUCCCAAAUCAGCCUUUGUCCAACAGCAACGUAUUUUCCACACUCAAGAGGAGAACUUGCAGCCAGCCCACUUUCUGUAGGUGGAGAACACUUUCUUAGUGUCUUAAAUUGUGGCCACUCCCUAAAAUCACAAGGCUCCUUGGAUUAUAUUGCCCCAAUUCUUACACUCAGUCUGAAGAUUUUACCUACCUUGGGACAUCAAGCUCCUGCUGACAGCAGCAAGUACAGAUACAACUUCUUUUUUUAUAGAACCGAGAACUUCACAGGAUUGAUCUACCAGCACUUACACCUAUACCUUUAACCUGAAAAGCCUUCAUUUUGGAUCUACUGUUUUCACGAUGACUCUUUCUGCAUGACUUGACAUUUUCAUGAUAGCCUUUACAUUUUGUACCCUUUUUUGUGACAUCUUGCAAGUCAUUUGAGGUUACAGAGAGAAAUGUGACCAGAGCCCUCUCCUUACAUUGGUUUAUACAGUAUGUGCACAACAAGAACCUUCUUUAACUUAACGCUAACAAAAAAUAAAAAAUAAAGAUUUGACUAUUCUAGGACAAUUAUAUAUUGUUUCAUUUAUACUUAUUUAUUAUUGACAGCGGGAAGUACAUGUAAAAUUGAAUAAAAUUACUGUUCAAUUUUUUCUUUUUUUUGGAAUGGUCCCCUGGUAAGCUAUCAACUGUAAUCUGCAUAUAAACCUGGCACUGAGCAUCUAAAUUCCUUGCAAUGCAACCACAUGUGAAAUGGAACAUUUAGCAGUUCUUAUUGAAAGAAAUUUGUAAUAAGAGGAUGUAAUGAAUAUGCAUUACAGGUCCCCUAGAGUCAGUGACAGUCUUUGUGGCCACUUGCUAAUGAAUGAGAGUACUAAACAGAGGCCACCCCUCUCUGAAUUUACUUAGAAUUUCAAAAAUGGGAUUUAAAUUUGGGUUUGCUAAACAAAGACAAAGCUGUUGUGUAACUAUCAUCAGCGAACGUCUAGUUAGUCCAGACAUUUUAAUGUGUUCUGCCAAGAAUGUAUCUUUUGGCUAUGGGUUUGCUGUUUGUAUUUGUUCACAAUAAAGGCUAGCUAUGGUCAACAUCAAUGGAAAUUCACAUCAUUAUGACCCAAUAAAUAAUAGUUAUUUAUUAGUAAUGCAUUGGUUACCUGCAUUUUUAUAACUAUUCAUAUACCGCACAAUAUGACUAUGUACAAGUUGCAUGCGAUCUAGUGACCCAAACUCCAUAAUUUACUCUGAAAUGGACAUAAAUAUGUCUAAGUAUUACAAAAUCUUUAUACAAAAAUCAUAUCUGUCCUGCUAAGUUAUUUUAGAACCAUGAUGUUUAAAAUGAUAACUAUCUAUAUUAAUAACUUUACUUUUUAUGAGAGACUCAAGAAUUUUAAAGGUUGUCAAAAAAUUGUCUUAUAAGGAAAUGAAAAGGUUGUAGUUCAGUGGUGAUCAGCCUACCAUAUUAUGGGUGUCACAUGUGUAGCCUUGACUCCAUCUGAGGCCUCCCAUUCAGACUGUGGCUUUUAAAGUAGUUAUUCAGGAUUAGGAAAAUAAGGCUAGUUUCUUCCAAAAACAGCACGAAUGGAGCCAAGUUGUAAUACCUUACACAACCUGAGGACAGGUGUGGUGUUGUUUGUGGGAAACAAUAGCUCUGUUUUUCUGUUCCUGGAUAACCCUUUUAAGGCUCUUUUACAUGGGGCGAUUAUCAAGUGAAUGAGCUUUCCUAGAAUUGCUCAUUCACUAUAGUCACCUAGUGAUCAUUCAGUGUUCAAUAUAGCCAUCCAGCUUAUCGCAUCUAUUGUGCAGUCAAUAAAAUCGGCCCCAUGUCCCCUGAUUUUAAAGGGCCACCCGAAUAUUCCAGCCAUGCCUUGUGGGACCUGGCCGCACAACAGAUCAAGGCUCUGUAAAGGUUAACCAGAUCAGUGCUCAUACACUGAUGCAAGUUGGCCAAUCAAAAACAGCCCUUAGCCAGUGUAAAAGACUAAAAGUGACCAUCCAUGUGCAGGCAUACUAUAUUAUGGUCUAUAAGGGCUACAGACUAGCUGUUUUUGCAUUUCACCUUGACUAUAGAGAGUGCCUGUUCAUAUAUGGCCAUCUUUCCAUGGUAAACAAGAAACAUGGGACAUGCAUCAAGCUGGGUACAGAUGGAAGAAGGGAUUCAGGGCUGUAAAUGCUCCUUGGGCCACCACUUACCCACCACUGUUCUAGCUGAGAUCAAGGUUUGCAUAUAUCAGAAAUUGUCUUAAGAUGGCAUCUGUUUAUAAAUUUUUAUGUAGUAAUGCAUUAGUUUCCACAACCUGCAAGUCAUGUUUGCUUUAAGUUUUAUAAAUAAAGAAAUAUGCAGUAUACCUCAUUUAUGAGUAGGUGUUACUUUUUAAAGGCAUAUAUUUAAUUUUCUGCAGAAAAAAAAGCCUUGUGAUACACUGAUAUUUUUUACAUUUUUCCAUACAUAAAUGUUAUCUGCCAUGCUGAUGAUCGAUCAUGGUUUUAAAAACCAAAAAUGAUCACCUUUCCCCAUGAACAGUUAUGUUAGCGACUGCAUCGGUAGAUAGUUAUCAAAUCUAAAGUACAAGUAUUUAUAAUUAAAAGCUGCUUAUGUCAGAAGUACUUUAUGUAUAGUAUGCAAACAUUUCACUUGUAGGUUAAAGACAAAAGAAAAGAAAAAACUUCUGUCCUGGUAAGGUACACAUAGACAAACAUAUUUAUAUAUUAUGAAAGAGAUGAGCAAAUGUUCCAUACCAUGGCUACAAAGGUUUGCAAAAAAAUUGAAUACAAUUGUUAUAUAUUUUUUUAUUAGGAAAAAAAGAUAUAAAAUAAAUAAUAAAAUAUAUUUAACAUUUCAUUAGUUUUAGGGUGAAUUAACAUAACAGAUUUUGUUACAUAAAUCUCUGCAACAAAAAAUUGGUUCCAUUCAUCAAAAUAUGGUUGUUUUGGUGGCAAGCACAUGGAUUUCUGCACGAUCAAUCCGUGUCACGGGAAUCUACAAUUUUCUAUAUUCUAUGGUAAUUGAGUCCUUUGAGCUAACAAAACACUUUAACUCCUUUUUCAAAUAUUUUGCUCAUCUCUCAGUUCAUAAUUAAAUUUUUUUCAUAUUGAAUAAGAAUACAAUUUGGGUUAAAUAAAAAUUUAGAUUUUGUGUAAAUACUAUGUGAAUCAAAUGAAAAGUAUAAUUAUAUUUAUUUUUAUGUCAUUCAACCUGAAACAGAAUUCUCUGGAUCAACACAGAGACAUACUUAUAAAGUUUAACACGAUUAAAAAAAUACUUUACUUUGGUACCUGUGUACAUUACCAUUUAAUCUGCUGUAUUUAUUUUCACCACUAGUGGUGAUUUUGUGUUUUAUUUUGUAAAUAGAUUAUGUUGGUAUGUUUCAUUUUUACUUUAUGUUAUUUUAUUCUUUUCACAAAUAAAGUUUUUGUU